UGUCUGCUCAAAGUACAAGUGCAAACUCGCAAGCAACACUCAUUUUCCUGGUGCGUGUGAAUUCAGAAGAAGGGCAAAAUGAGAGAUCCUGUGAGCGGGUGUACUCAUGAUCGAAUGUAUCAACAUAUCAAGAUGUUUGCCAAAAAUGGUGACAGUUACUCCAAAGAACUCAUAUCUGUCCUUCAGCAGAGAGCUGACCUAGAAAAGAAGUAUGGCAAAGGACUCUUGCGACUUGCAAACAAAAUUACCAAAGCAUCUGCCAAUAUAAUUAAAAACUCCAUAUUUGAUGGGUGGAACUGCGUCUCUCAAGAAAUGACGUUUACUGCAGAAUUGCACGGGAAAUUAGCCAUUGCCAUUCAGCAAGAAGCAAUUAAACCAAUCCGUCAAAUGCUGGAUGAACAUACUAAAAGGAGAAAGUCAGUGGAUAAUGCUGUUGAAAAGUCAUCAAAACUUGUUACAGACAACUGGAAUCAACAAAUUAAGAUGAAAAAGAAGUUGAUGCGAUCUGCCAAAAACCAUGAAUCUAACUCUGAUUUGGUGGAGAACAACAAACAAAUAGUAUCUGAAAAAGAGAAAAGAAAGCUGUUGAAAAAAAUGAAAAAAUCAUCAGGGAUACUGACAAAAAUUGACCAGCAGUAUUAUGAACUAAACAGGGCUGGUGAGGACGUCAGACUCAAGUGGGAGUCUACAUUUGAACACUCUUAUCAGGUAAUAUAUGAUUUGGAAAAAGAAAAGAUAAGGCUGCUAUGUGACAUUUUAAACAAAUACAGUGAACAUAUCACUAGUUUUGGAAGAACACUCAUCGAACGUCAAAGUCAAAUUCAUGAAGCUGUACAAAAUAUCGACAUUGAGAAAGAUAUUCAGAUAUUGUUGGACAACACAUCCAUUUUAUCAGAUGAAAACAAAACCGAAUUUCUUCUUACAGAUUAUUAUGAGGAAGAUGGUAGAAACACAAUGGAUAAGGAAAGAAGGAAGACUGCACUAGCACAGAAACUGCAAAGACUCCAGGAUGAUAUAAACAAAGUAAAGAAGGAUAAAGAAGGGUUGGAAAAAAUGAUCAGUACAAGUUUCAAAAGUCCUUCAUUUUCAGAUCCACAGACUGAAGAAAAAACUGUCUCAAUGCGAGAUGAGGCAUCUCUGAAACUAAUUCUCUUGGAAUUAAAUUUCUACAAACUUGCAUCAACUAUGGCAGAGCUAGAAGGAAAUCCUAAACCUUCCCAUCCAUUAAGUGAAAACAUCCUUAAAUGGAAAGAUAAGGAAUAUCAUCACAGCUUGGUACAGGUAUCACGUUCAAUGAAGAUGAAAGAUGUGCAGUGUAACAGAACAUUAAACUCUGCAUCUUCAGAUAGCAGGAGAGAUCACUACAAACACAGCCCCCAGCAGACAUCUGAAGUCAUAUAUGUAAAUCAUACAAUUCAUUCAAAUCAUUCAGAGUCAGGAACAGAGCGAUCAGAAGUGGAUGCAAACUCACCUGACUAUGUAAUCAAUCCUGUUGAGGAGAUUGGAACAUGCAAAGCUCUAUAUGAUUAUCAGGCUGCCAGAGAUGAUGAACUUAACCUGAAACAAGGUGACAUACUUACUAUUUACAAAAAGGAUGCUACGGGAUGGUGGCUUGGCAGUUUGCAAGGAACGAAGGGCAUUUUCCCAGCUACCUAUGUAGAGGAAUUACCCCAAAUGGAAAAAAUCAGAUCAACAGAAGCAUAAAAUAGUUCAGACACUACAUGUCACUUAUUGUUGGAUGACAACAGGGUGAUUUGGAAAACUUCUGAAAAGAAGAGUUGUAGUAUUUCAAUACAAUCCUGCAAACUUGAAUUAAUUUUUAUUUUAAAAUCUCAUACAAGUUUUGGACAAGGACUGUUUUAAAUCUUAAAUGUGGUCAUGUAAUUUAUGCUUGUGAACUGAAAAGCAAACACAGAACUUACUGCAGCUAGCAAACCGAUUUACUCUCUCAAAGUUCUCUUGCAGAGUUACUGUAAGUGCAAGUGGAGAACAGUACCCUCUACAGGAUGUUUGGGACCAGCAAAGAGAGCACACAACUAUCUCCUUCAUCACAUUGAACGUUAGAAUACUCAGUCCGGACAAGGAGUUAAGUCAGAAUAACACAGUAAAUUUUAAAAUAGGUACUAAAAAUGAAAGAAACAGGGUUUAAGAAGUUUGGCUUGAGAGAAUCAAGACAAAGAAAAAAAGUCUGCUUUUCAUUUCUGAAGGAAUUGUAAAAUACUCAGUAUCAGUGACAGUUUGUCAGUAAUUAAGACUGACCAUGCUAUUAAAAGGAAAACGUAGUCUGAAAUAGGCAAGCUCAAACUUUGUGGUAUGUCAAGUUUGUCUUUGCCAUAUAAUUGUAGUGAAGUCAUACCAUUUGAUGCACUUGAACGGGAGAGCAGACAUCAAGAUGUUAUUUUGAGCAGCACAAUGAGGACAGCGCAUCUUCAAUUUUCACAUUUUAACUGUUUCUAUGGUCAAGUAAAGUUGCUGUUCAAAUCAUGCAUUAAUGAUGCUGUUAGCUUCAGUUACUUUUAUAGAAAAUACUAGCCCUUUAGUGACAUCCACGCUGAAUUCACAAACUCAUGUUUCUUGAAAUAAAUCACUAACAGGCAAAGUACAUCUUUGAUCGUUCAGAACAUGUAAAACCCAUAGAAUUGUUAUGGCUCAGAAGGAGGCACAUUGUGUUUGCACUGAUUCUAUUACCUAAUGCCAAUCUUCUGCAUAUCUCCCAUAUUGCUCGAUACCUUAUCUAUCCAAGUAACUAUCUAAUGCUUUCUUGAAUGCCUCAGUUGAAUAUGCUUUCAAUGCAUUGCAAUCAUUCCUAUGUAGGGCUUAUGCCCGAGAUGUCCAUUCUCCUGCUCCUCGGCUGCUGCCUGACCUGCUUGCUUUUCCAGCACCAUAAUCCAGACUCAUUGGUCUGAACACAUAUACACCCAGGACCCUCUAUUCCUACAUGCUGCUUAGACUUUUACCCUUUAUUUUAAUUUGUCUUCCAAUGUUCUGUUGACCAAAGUGCAUCACCUCACACUUCUCUGCAUUGAAUCUCAUCUGCCACCUAUCCGCCCACACCACUUAAUUGUCAGUGUCCUUUUGGAGUUCCACACUGUCCUUCUUACCAUUUAUAAUUCUUCCAGGUUUAGUGUCAUCUAUAAACUUUGAAAUUGUCUUCUGCACACCAAGAUCCAGAGCACUAACUUAUGUUUGGAAAAGCAAGGAUCUUAAUACUUACUCUGGAGAAAUCCACUGCAAAUCUUCCUCAUAGAGUCAUAAAUCAUGGAGACAGGCCCUUUGGCCCAAACUAGUCCAUGCUGACCAAAAUGUCCAUCACC